GACGCUCCGGCUCCGCGGGGCACGGGCGGCCGAGAGCGCGCCGCGGCGAGAAGGCUUCGGGUGCCCGGUGGGCGCGAGGUGCGGGCGGGCGCGGGGGGCGCGCGGGCGUGCACCCGCGCGCGGGCUCUCGGAGGAGCCGCGGCCGAGGCUGCGCUUCCUCAGCCCGACGGAGAGCGGCAGUGUCGCCCCGGCCGGCGCACGCUCGGCCCGCGUCUCCCCCCGCGGCGGCUGCUCCUCGGCACCGCCAGCCCCAGCGCCGCUCCGGGGCGGGCGGCGGCGGCGGCGGGACCCACGGAGCCGCUUUGUGUGCAGCCCGACGAGGGGCGGCGACGGUGGCGGCGGCGCAACCACCUGACAGAGGCCCGGCGCUCGCUGCACUGUCCGCCCGCAUGAGGAGGAGAGGCCGGUAGAGGACUGUGAAAGAAAAGUUAUCCCCCAGGAUGGACUUCUCUCAGCCGAAGCCUGCCGCUGCCCUCUGUGGUGUUGUGAGUGCAGAUGGGAAAAUCGCUUACCCUCCGGGAGUAAAGGAGAUCACCGACAAGAUCACCACCGACGAAAUGAUCAAACGCCUGAAGAUGGUAGUGAAAACUUUUAUGGAUAUGGAUCAGGAUUCAGAAGAUGAAAAGCAACAGUAUCUGCCACUAGCCUUGCAUCUCGCAUCUGAAUUUUUUCUCAGGAACCCUAAUAAAGAUGUGCGCCUUCUCGUAGCAUGUUGUUUGGCUGAUAUAUUCCGAAUCUAUGCCCCAGAAGCUCCGUAUACUUCCCACGAUAAACUUAAGGACAUAUUUCUCUUUAUUACCAGACAAUUAAAAGGUUUGGAAGAUACAAAGAGUCCACAGUUUAAUAGAUACUUUUAUUUAUUAGAGAAUUUAGCUUGGGUUAAAUCAUAUAACAUCUGCUUUGAGUUGGAAGAUUGCAAUGAAAUUUUUAUUCAGCUUUUUAGGACUCUCUUCUCAGUAAUCAACAAUAACCACAAUAAGAAGGUACAAAUGCACAUGUUAGACUUGAUGAGUUCUAUCAUCAUGGAAGGUGAUGGAGUUACUCAAGAAUUAUUGGAUUCUAUUCUUAUCAACCUCAUUCCUGCACACAAGAACUUAAAUAAACAGUCCUUCGAUCUUGCAAAAGUCCUGUUGAAAAGGACGGUCCAGACUAUUGAAGCAUGCAUUGCCAAUUUUUUCAAUCAAGUCCUGGUGCUGGGAAGAUCGUCAGUCAGUGAUCUGUCUGAGCAUGUAUUUGAUCUGAUUCAGGAACUUUUCGCUAUUGACCCUCAUUUAUUGUUAUCUGUCAUGCCGCAGCUUGAAUUCAAACUGAAGAGCAACGAUGGUGAAGAAAGAUUAGCUGUGGUUCGACUACUAGCUAAAUUGUUUGGCUCUAAAGAUUCAGAUUUAGCAACACAGAAUCGGCCUCUUUGGCAGUGUUUUCUUGGGCGAUUUAAUGACAUUCAUGUUCCUGUGAGAUUAGAAAGUGUGAAAUUUGCCAGUCACUGUUUGAUGAAUCACCCAGAUUUAGCAAAGGAUCUCACCGAAUAUUUGAAAGUUAGGUCACAUGAUCCAGAAGAAGCCAUUCGUCAUGAUGUCAUUGUUACUAUAAUAACAGCUGCCAAAAGGGACCUUGCCUUAGUAAAUGAUCAGUUGCUUGGUUUCGUCAGGGAAAGGACACUGGAUAAACGGUGGCGAGUAAGAAAAGAAGCCAUGAUGGGUCUGGCUCAACUCUAUAAGAAAUACUGCCUUCAUGGUGAAGCAGGCAAGGAAGCCGCAGAGAAAGUCAGUUGGAUAAAGGACAAACUUCUCCACAUCUAUUAUCAGAAUAGCAUUGAUGACAAGCUAUUGGUAGAGAAAAUCUUUGCUCAGUAUCUUGUUCCCCAUAACCUGGAAACAGAAGAGAGAAUGAAAUGCUUAUAUUAUUUAUACGCUAGCUUGGAUCCAAAUGCUGUAAAAGCUCUGAAUGAAAUGUGGAAAUGUCAGAACAUGCUUCGGAGCCAUGUACGUGAACUGUUGGAUUUACACAAGCAGCCCACAUCAGAGGCUAACUGUUCUGCCAUGUUUGGGAAACUGAUGACCAUAGCAAAAAAUUUGCCUGACCCUGGGAAAGCACAAGAUUUUGUAAAGAAAUUUAACCAGGUUCUUGGUGAUGAUGAGAAACUGCGGUCUCAGUUGGAAUUAUUAAUCAGCCCAACCUGUUCAUGCAAGCAAGCUGACAUUUGUGUGAGAGAAAUAGCUCGGAAACUUGCAAAUCCUAAGCAGCCGACCAACCCUUUUCUAGAGAUGGUCAAAUUUCUGUUGGAAAGAAUUGCUCCCGUGCAUAUUGAUUCAGAAGCCAUAAGUGCACUAGUAAAACUGAUGAAUAAAUCAAUAGAAGGGACAGCAGAUGAUGAAGAGGAGGGUGUAAGUCCAGAUGCAGCAAUUCGCUCAGGACUUGAACUUCUUAAGGUUCUGUCUUUCACACAUCCUACCUCGUUCCACUCUGCAGAGACAUAUGAGUCCUUGUUACAGUGCCUAAGAAUGGAGGAUGACAAGGUAGCAGAAGCUGCAAUACAAAUUUUUAGAAACACAGGCCACAAAAUAGAAACAGACCUUCCCCAGAUACGAUCAACCUUAAUUCCCAUUUUACAUCAAAAAGCAAAGAGGGGUACUCCACACCAAGCAAAACAGGCUGUGCACUGUAUCCAUGCCAUCUUCUCAAAUAAGGAGGUCCAGCUUGCACAGAUUUUUGAGCCGCUUAGUAGGAGUCUGAAUGCUGAUGUACCAGAACAACUUAUAACACCAUUAGUUUCACUGGGCCACAUUUCCAUGUUAGCACCAGAUCAGUUUGCUUCCCCAAUGAAAUCUGUAGUGGCAAACUUUAUUGUUAAAGACCUUCUAAUGAAUGACAGGUCAACAGGUGAGAAGAAUGGAAAAUUAUGGUCUCCAGAUGAGGAGGUUUCUCCUGAAGUACUAGCAAAGGUACAGGCAAUUAAACUUCUGGUAAGGUGGCUGUUGGGUAUGAAAAACAACCAAUCUAAAUCUGCCAACUCAACUCUUCGGUUAUUAUCAGCAAUGUUGGUUAGUGAGGGUGACCUGACAGAGCAGAAGAGGAUCAGUAAAUCUGAUAUGUCUCGCUUGCGAUUAGCUGCUGGUAGUGCCAUAAUGAAGCUUGCUCAGGAACCUUGUUACCAUGAAAUUAUUACCCCAGAACAGUUUCAGCUCUGUGCGCUUGUUAUUAAUGAUGAGUGCUACCAAGUCAGGCAGAUAUUUGCUCAGAAGCUUCAUAAAGCACUUGUGAAAUUACUGCUCCCGUUGGAGUAUAUGGCAAUCUUUGCUUUGUGUGCCAAAGACCCUGUGAAAGAAAGAAGAGCACAUGCACGCCAGUGUUUACUAAAGAACAUCAGCAUACGAAGGGAAUACAUUAAACAGAACCCUAUAGCUACUGAGAAAUUAUUAUCAUUGCUGCCUGAGUAUGUGGUUCCAUACAUGAUUCACCUGCUGGCCCAUGAUCCUGAUUUUACAAGAUCACAAGAUGUUGAUCAACUUCGUGAUAUUAAAGAGUGCCUGUGGUUUAUGCUUGAAGUGUUAAUGACCAAGAAUGAAAACAACAGCCAUGCAUUUAUGAAAAAGAUGGCAGAGAACAUCAAGCUGACCAGAGAUGCCCAAUCUCCAGAUGAAUCCAAAACAAAUGAGAAACUUUAUACAGUUUGUGACGUGGCUCUGUGUGUUAUCAAUAGUAAGAGUGCUUUGUGCAAUGCAGACUCACCAAAGGACCCAGUCCUCCCAAUGAAAUUCUUUACACAGCCUGAAAAGGACUUCUGUAAUGACAAAAGCUAUAUUUCAGAAGAGACAAGAGUACUUCUAUUAACAGGAAAGCCAAAGCCUACUGGAGUACUAGGUACAGUAAACAAGCCUUUAUCAGCUACAGGAAGAAAGCCUUAUGUUAGAAGCACCGGCACCGAGACUGGAAGCAGUAUUAACGCCAAUUCAGAGCUGAGUCCUUCGGCCGGCAGUCGUUCAAGGGAACAGAGUUCAGAGGCAUCCGAAACUGGAGUUAGUGAAAAUGAGGAAAAUCCUGUGAGAAUAAUUUCUGUCACACCUGUAAAGAAUAUUGAUACUGUAAAGAAUAAGGAAAUUAAUUCUGAUCAGCCUACCCAAGGCAACAUCAGCAGUGACCGAGGAAAGAAAAGAAUUGUAACGGCAGCUGGUGCUGAGAAUAUCCAGCAAAAAACAGAUGAAAAAGUAGAUGAGUCAGGACCUCCUGCCCCUUCCAAACCCAGGAGAGGACGUCGCCCCAAAUCUGAAUCUCAGGGCAAUGCAACCAAAAAUGAUGAUCUAAAUAAACCCAUUAGCAAGGGAAGGAAGAGAGCUGCAGGCAGCCAGGAGAGUCCUGGGGGUCUGGAAGCAGGUAAUGCCAAAGCACCCAAGCUACAAGAUGGAGCCAAAAAGGCAGCACCAGCAGAGAGACAGAUUGACUUACAAAGGUAA